ACCCCUGGUAAGUGCUUGUUCAUUUAUUACUCACAACAAGAAGAAAAAAGCGCCAAAGUUAGUUUUCUUAUCCGGCGAGUUUUCUCUCUCUCUAUCUCUCUCUAUCAGCUAACAAUCACAAGAAGAAGAAGUAAAGGUCGAUGACUUCGGGGACUAGAACGCCGACGUGGAAAGAGAGAGAGAACAACAAACGGCGAGAGCGGCGGAGACGUGCGAUUGCGGCAAAGAUAUUCGCGGGGCUUAGGAUACAUGGGACCUUCAAGCUACCUAAACACUGCGAUAACAACGAAGUUCUUAAAGCUUUAUGCAACGAAGCUGGUUGGACCGUCGAAGACGACGGAACUACUUACCGGAAGGGAUGCAAACCAACGGAUCGAAUGGAACUCAUGAAUGGUUCCACUUCAGCGAGUCCAUGCUCAUCGUACCAACCUAGCCCUCGUGGAUCCUACAAUCCAAGCCCUUCAUCUUCCUCAUUCCCUAGUCCUACAAACCCAUUUGGUGAUGCUAACUCACUUAUCCCUUGGCUCAAAAACCUCUCUUCAAAGUCACCUUCCAAGCUUCCUUUCUUCAAUGGAAACUCUAUAAGCGCUCCCGUGACUCCACCAUUGGCUCGAAGCCCUACUUAUGAUCAAGUUACAAUCCCUGACUCUGGAUGGCUCUCUGGAAUGCAAACCCCACAGAGCGGACCAUCUUCUCCUACUUUCAGCUUGGUUUCGAGAAACCCAUUUUUCGACAAAGAGGCUUUUAAAAUGGGAGAUAGUAGUUCACCAAUGUGGACUCCUGGACAAAGUGGAAACUGCUCUCCAGCUAUUCCUGCUGGUGUUGAUCAAAAUUCUGAUGUACCAAUGGCUGAUGGAAUGGCGGCAGAGUUUGCGUUUGGAAUGGUGAAGCCUUGGGAAGGAGAAAGGAUACAUGGAGAAUGCGUUUCAGAUGAUUUAGAACUUACACUUGGAAACUCAAGAACCAGAUGAUGGUUUCAAAGAAGUAUCAACGGCGUUUGCUACCUAUCAACCUUCUUAUCAAAUUAAUUCAUCUCUUACUUUCCUUUCCAUCUUUUGUCUGUUUUCUUUUUAAUUCAGUGUGAUGAUAAAAGGUAAGAAAAAGAAACAUUUCGAACUCUUUUUUCUUGUGGUCUUUUGACUGAAGUUGUAGUUAAAUUUUAUUUCAUCUCUCCAUGUUUUUUU